AUGCAAGCUUCUCAUAAUGGCGGAUCACAGUACUUUAUCUGUAAGAAAACGCAUAGCAUAGUUCUUUUUGCUGUUUGUAAUGCUAAAUAUGAGUUUACUAUGGUAGACAUUAGUGACUUGGGAAGACAAAGUGAUGGUAGCAUUUUUAACAAUUGUAGUAUUGGUUAUGCAAUUGAAAAUAACAUUUUGAAUAUUCCUGAUCCUGAAUAUAUUUUUAAUUCAGAAAAAGUAUUACCGUACGUUUUAGUCGCCGACGAUGCUUUUGAUGAAGUGAUUGAAGAGUGCGCUGAGUCUUUUAUAUUUAAAAAGAUUAUGCUUCGGUGUUUUUUGGUUUUCUUGAACUUUCUAUUGCUUCAAGGAAUAGACGAAGAUACUUACGAAGUUCGUAAACCAACAAUUUAUGAUAAAGACAACGUUCAUAUGCUUAGUAAAGAGAUAAGAUCACAAUAUUCUAAAAAUCUCAAGAUUUGGACCGUUUAUGAAAAUGCCAAAACAGUGUUUCCUGGAUUGUUUGCAUUAAGCGAAUCAGAAGGUAAAAACCUACCCAAUCUUCUACUUAAUUACAUUUUACCCAAGCUUUCGUGUGCAAAAAAAGUUAGCAAAAGAACUUUGCGAAAGGUUUACGAGCUUAACCGCAUUUUAAAUGAAACGAGUUGUGGGUAUAUUUACGAACCACCUUAUCGCCGACAAAUCCUUGCUGAUGGAAGCGAAACAACGACGACCCUAUGCGUCAAUCCAAAAGAAACGUUGCCAUCAGAUAACAAUGUUAUUUACCUCGCAAAAACGUGUAUUCAAAUAAAUACACUUCAAACAAGAUUUCCACCAAUCAUUAAUGAAGUUGUUUGUGGAGACACUAGAUGUUUUGGAAAAGAAGGUGUUGCAACUCAGUUGAAAAUAUCUAUGAAAUUCCGCAGCGACGAUAAUAAUGUCGGAAUAAAUAGGCUUGCAGAAUGGAGAGAGUAUGACGGAGAAAUAAAAAGCGGUUGCGCUUGUAACAUGAUGGAAAGCAGUCCUCUUGUAAACUUGAUAACGAAAGAUUAAUUUAUUUAUUUUACGAUAAUAAAUUUUUUGUUUUAAACUU